AUAUCACUUUAUUUUUAUACCAGUGGUACCUACCAACGCUAUAAUUUGUGCUUACCUAUACAGUGUCAUACAGUGAAAUCUAACAAAUAACUGCACUGUGCGAGCUUCUCCAACAUAAUGACGUUCAACCCACCAUCUUUUUGCGCAAGCUCCAGCUCCCCCAAAUGAAAGAAGCAGAAAACUUCAAGUAACUCGAAGAGCAGAGCGCAAUGGAACUUAUUGUUAAAAGCUAACAUACAUCAAUUACGGCCAUGGUUUCCGCAUUACGGGCUUGUCGGCCUUUGAAUCAAUUUACCACGAUUUUGCGACAGCCGGGCAUUCAAAGCCGCCGGCUGCUCCCUAUAACAAAUUCCUCCCGCAAUGCAACGAUUCGUAGGGGUUUCCCGUGCGCGACUUCGCAGUUCCACACAACUGCCUCGCGCCCUAAAGACGAGGAGUCGUCGUCGUCGUCCCGUGCUGACCUUUCGGCUCUAGAUGUGCUGGGUAAUACGCCCGUGCCUGCUACUUCUGUGGACGUCUGCACGUCAAAUGGUUUCCACCUCAACAAUGGCGCAAAGAUCACCGACAGUUCCGGCGUCCUCUUGGUUAAUGGCGAAGCAUUUGCGUGGCGUCCGUGGGUACCCCGCGGCGAGAAACGACUGCUAAAUAAGAAGGGGCAAUGGGAGGUGCCUAAUGAGACGUUCGGAUUGUUUAACUUGCUGUGGCCUCGACCAGAUCUAUUGAUACUCGGUCUUGGUCCGGAAAUCCGACCUAUAAGUCCGGAACUAAGAAGACAUAUUAGCAGCUUAGGAAUGAGGGUAGAUAUUUUGGACACACGAAAUGCGGCUGCGCAGUACAACUUGCUAGCUACGGAGCGAGGAGUUGACGAUGUUGCGGCCGCACUAAUACCCAUUGGUUGGAGAGAAGGCCUAGGCGCUGCCUAAGUAGAUGCAUAUGGUUAAUAGCAAACGCCACACCUCUCUGUACUUGGAGAUGGAAGAACGCAAAAGAUAUGAAGCAAUAAGGUCGGCCAGCGCAUUUGUUUACACGAAGUCUUAUUCUAGGCUAUGGCAUUGCUUACGUCUAAGAGGUAUGCAAACCCGACUUAACAAGCAAAGAAUCAACGGGCGGCCAAAGCGAACAUUGUACUAUAUUAUGCUAUGGAGCGUGUAUAUUAGACGAAAACUGAAACACAACUCGGAUGUAUGUGUCAAUAUGACCCAAGCAGGAAAGGGAUUUAAGUCAAAUCGUUAACGCUGUCAUUUUAAUGACAUACUUCUGGAAACUUCAUAUUCGAGUGUUUUGUGCAAAUAUGGUUUAGCAGACCUGUUCCAUCUCGAUAGAUAACUCACGGUCGUUUUGGCGAAAUAGUUAGAAAGUACCUACUAAAGUUAGUUUCGUAUUAAACAUCGAAAAAUAUAUGACUUUAGUAUAGUUUCCUAUCCUAACUUACGGACGACUAUCUUUGUCUUCCAGGGUUUCCUUAAGCAACA